UUAAAGUCAAGCUCUCUGGGCAUAAAUGGCUCAUCCUGUGUGUGUUUGAUUCUUUGUAACUAGGGUUUAUAGGCUAAUAUCUCUUAUUUUUGAUGAAUUGGAGAUAAUUCUAGGUGGGUGUCAUUCAUUGGAGCAUAGAUUAUCUUUCAUCUUUGUGUGCUUCUUAUUUGCAUAUUCAAAGAAGAGGAAAGGUGUGGAACACAACAAAAGCUCCCAGUGAUAUCACCCAAAAUGAAAGGAAAUACAUAUCUUCUUCUAGCUCUGUGAAUUGGAGGUUUAGUAUCUGAAGGGUUUUCUGGGUAUGACUACCUUAAACCACACUGUUGUAAGUCACACAGUCUUCCGCCUGCUGGGCAUCCCUGGCCAGGAGGACCAGCACAUGUGGAUUUCCAUCCCCUUCUUCCUUUCCUAUGUCACUGCCCUGCUUGGGAACAGUCUGCUCAUCUUCAUUAUCCUCACAAGGCCUAGUCUCCAUGGACCCAUGUACCUCUUCCUCUGCAUGCUGGCAGGAGCAGACAUUGUCCUCUCCACAUCCACAGUUCCCCAGGCCUUGGCCAUCUUCUGGUUCCACGCUGGGGAGAUCGCUCUGGAUUGUUGUAUCACUCAGCUCUUCUUCAUCCAUUCUACCUUCAUCUCUGAGUCAGGGAUCUUGCUGGUGAUGGCAUUUGACCGCUACAUUGCCAUUUGCUACCCCCUGAGGUAUACCACUAUUCUCACAAACUCUCUGAUUGGGAAGAUUGGAGUGACCAUCUUUCUGAGAAGUUAUGGUACAAUUUUUCCCAUAAUAUUUCUUCUGAAAAGAUUGACUUUCUGCAAAAAUAAUAUUAUUCCACAUACCUAUUGUGAACACAUAGGCUUGGCAAAAUAUGCUUGUAACAAUAUCCGAGUAAACAUUUGGUAUGGAUUUUCUGUCCUCAUGUCGACAGUGGUCUUAGAUGUUGUGUUGAUUUUUGUUUCCUAUGUGCUGAUCCUCCGUGCUAUCUUCAGCAUGCCCUCCCAGGAUGCUCGCCACAAAGCUCUCAACACUUGUGGCUCCCACGUUUGCAUCAUUAUCCUCUUCUAUGGGCCUGGGAUCUUCACAACUCUUACUCAGAGGUUUGGGCGCCACAUCCCACCUCAUGUCCACAUCCUGCUGGCUAAUGUCUGCAUUGUGGCCCCACCUAUGUUGAAUCCUAUCAUUUAUGGAAUCAAGACCAAGCAAAUCCAGGAGCAGGUGGUUCAUAUCUUGUUUACAAAACAUAAGUGAAUUUGGGUCAAAAACUCAGAACUCAGAUUUUGGAAUCAACAGUUAUCUAUUGAGUGGUAUUUGGAACUGGUGGAUGGGACAGGUCACCUGACACGUGGCUCAGUGAGUUCUGCAUCUGGAGCAGCUUUACCAGGGAGGCUGUUUUAUGAAUAACCCGUGAGAACAGUGUCAUGCUCUCACAUAUUGUACUGAGCAGAGUCCUGUGAAGAUCUGGGGUAGAUAGGGCUGUUCCCAGACAUCAUGUCCCUCUGCCACUAGCAUGAAUUUUGGAAGUAGACAAAGUGAUUGAAAACACUCUGUUGCCUUGGAAUUUGCUUCAUGGAGUUUCUCAAGCUCUGAGAUAUUUAUGAUAUCCCUGGGGCACCACAUAGAACAUUUCAUUCCUUCAUGCUUUUCAUUUUAGUUAAGUGACUUUCUGGGUCAGUGACUCUUGGGCUCUGCAGUUAUUUCUUAUUAAAACAUUCAAGGACUAUGUACAUGCGAGUAGCUGGGACUGUAAGGUAUGUGGCUCCCAUUGUGCAGAACAACCUUGAGAAGCCUGAGUCUGCUGAGUUGUUUUGGGAGAAGGAUGCUGUGGUUCCUGAAGGGGUGGUGCCUGCUGGGAGAACAACAAGGAAGUCAGGCUGUGUACUUCAGUGAUCUUUGAGGUGACAUUCAAAUUCUUCACGUACCAAUUUGGCUUUUUCAGGGGUACUGGGGACCCAAAUUCAGAUAUGCAUCCUUUUUGUCACAAGCACUUUAUAUCCUGAUCUCCCCAACCCCUAUGUUUAUUUAUUGACAAAAAAUAACAGACAUAUUUGGUAUUAUCAAAGAUUUAAUUUUGUAUUUCUUUAUGGCUACCAAAAUCUUGGGAGGCUUGUGUCUCAUGACAAUGGUUUAUCAUUUACACAUCACCUGUUCAUGCUAUCUCAAGUAUUUUAAAUUAUCUCUGGAUUGUUGAUAACACUUAAUACAAUGUAAAUGCUGUACAGUUUCUAUACUGUAUUGUUUAGGGAAUAAAUAAUACAUAAAUAAUGACAAGAAUAAAAGGUCUGCACAUGUCUAGCAUAAAAACAUUUCCCUCCAAGCAUUUCAGGGUCAGAUAAAAACUUGGUGCAAGGAAUCUCCCAGGAAUCUACUAGGAUGAUCCCAGCUAAGACUCCUAGCAAUAGCAGAUUUGCAUAGUCUGAACUGUCCAUCUCCUGUGACCAGAUUGGUACCUAGCCCAAUCAUUAUUAGAGAGGAUUCAUCCAGUAACUGAUGGGAACAGAUGCAGACCCACAGCCAAACCUUAUGUGGAGUUCGAGGAAUACUAUAGAAAAGGGAGAGAAAGAUUGUAAGAGCCAGAGGGGUCAAGGACACCACAAGAAAACUCACAGAAUCAACUGACCUGGGCUUACAGGGGCUCACAGAGACGAAACUGACAACCAGGGAGCCUGAAUGGGACUGACGUUGGCCCUCUGCAUAUAUGUUACAGUUGUGUAGCUUGGUUCUCUUGUGGAACUUCUAACAGUGGAAACAGAGGCUGUCUCUGACUCUUUUACUGGCUUUUGGGACCCUGCUCCCCAUACUGGGUUACCUUGCCCAGCCUUAAUACGUGUGGAGGUGCUUAGAUUUACUACAAUUUGAUAUGCUAUGUGUUGUUGAUACUCAUGAGAGACCUGUCCUUUCCUAAACAAAAAUGGAGGAGGAGUGGACUGAGGGCUAGGAACAGAGGGGGGAUGGGAGGUAGGGACUGGGAGGAGAGGAGAGACGGGAAAGUGCUACUGGGAUGUAAAAUAAAUAAAAAACAUCUCCCCCCCAAAUACUUUCUA